AUGCCCACGGGAAUAGUUCACAAAAAGAAAAAAUUUACUGGCGUCGAGAUUAGCGAGCUUGACGAGUGUCUGUACAAGGGGUUCGUGCAAAAAAGAAGUAUCGGCGACUACACGAGUGGACCAAUGCUACAGAAGGCUCUUCUCUUCACCGAACUAUUGAACGGUCCAGCGUCGUUUAAAGCCAGCCACGGUUUCCUUUACAGAUUUAAAGCGAGACAUCGCAUUAAAUUAUUGUCAGUUCAGAAAGAUAAACUGUGUUCGGAUAAAGAAGCCAGUCAAACCUUUUGUCAAGAGAUAGUGCAAUAUCUUGAAGACAAAGGAUACGCAAUGCGUCAAAUUUACAAUGCUGAUGAAAGAGGACUUUUAUGGAGGACAUUGCUGGGUAAAAGUCGUGUGACAGAAGCAGAUAAUCAUCCAAAUCGAAAUAUGAGCAAAGACCGUGCGGCAGUGAUGGUUUGUGCUAAUGCAACUGGUACACACAAGUUGCCACUUCUUGUUGUUGGCAAAUCUGAAAAUCCCACAUGCCCUAAAAAUAUAAAAGUGUUACCGGUUACAUAUAGAGGUGAAAAAAAUGCUUGUAUGACACGGGAACUCACCCUUGAGUGGUACAAAAAAGCGUUCCAUCCUCAAAUAGACAAGGUGCAUAAGCCAACUGAUGAAAAGUUUAUCCUCCUUUUGGACAACGCACCAAUUCAUCCACCGAUAAAAGAAUUGAAUGCUCUAUGUGAUAAGUGCGAGGUUAGAUACCUGCCGACAACUGUCACGUCUCUACUUCAGCCUGUGGACCAAGGAAUUAUUGAAAAAAUGAAACAAAGUUUACAAGCGGAACUUACUGCGCUUGGUACUUACCGAGAAAAGCUUGAAAGGUAUGCAGAGACUUAUAAAAUCUUUGACAAUGUUGCACUGUUGUAA